CUAAGCGCUGUUCCUUCGCGAGCUGAGUGUGAAACAUCAACGAGUUCCGAAUUUUGACUGGCACCUUUGCAAAGCCAAACGAGGGAAUAACGUCAGCUUGUUUAAAACACUACAACUCCCACAAGCCAACGCGUAAAAUAUUUGCAUCUUCUUGUUUUCAGACUGAGGUGCUGCUUGUUUGGGUGAAGAUUUCCUCUUACUUAGGAGGUUUACUACUUCAGGUUGUAUUGGAAAAGUGGAGGUAACAGUCUUCUUCACAGAAAUCGAUUACUAAUGACCUACUACCAGUUUCUAAGGGACAAUAGAAAAAUGGUUGGGUUUAUCAAAAGAAACAUUCCUGGAAUCUAAGUUUUCACCAAAGUAUAUAAGAAUGGAAAGUGAUUUCAAACCACUGCUAGACCAGUACAGGGCAAAUGAGAGCUAUGCUGGAGCAGAUCGGAAUGGAUGUGAUUCUCUUGACCCUAAAUCUAAACGACCUUUCCAUGUUGAGCCAAGAAAUAUUGUGGAAGAGGAUGCACAGGAAAGAGUUUCUGCUGCAGCAGCAGUUAUGAACAGUCGAAUGCAGUACUACAGCAGACUAACAGGUUCUUCAGACAGGCUUUUGAUUCCUCCAGAUCAUGUACUUCCUGCUCCAGAGGAAAUUUAUGUAUACAGCCCUUUGGGUACAGCUUUUAAAGUUGAAGGGAACACUGAUGGAUCAGGGAAGAAUCCUAGUAUAGUCACAAUCUUUGCAAUAUGGAAUACAAUGAUGGGUACAUCUAUAUUAAGCAUGCCAUGGGGAAUCAAACAGGCAGGAUUUACUUUGGGAGUCAUCACUAUUGUUUUAAUGGGUUUACUUACGUUAUACUGCUGUUACCGUGUUUUGAAGUCUCGAUCUACAAUAUCUUUUAUAGACACAUCAAGUUGGGAGUUUCCUGAUGUCUGCAAGUAUUACUUUGGCUCUUUUGGAAAAUGGUCCAGUCUCCUGUUUUCAAUGGUUUCACUAAUUGGUGCUAUGAUUGUGUACUGGGUGCUUAUGUCCAACUUCUUAUUUAAUACAGGAAAAUUCAUUUACAAUUAUGUUCAUCAUAUUAAUGUUACAGACCUUGAUUUUGGUACUAAUGGAACAGAGAGAGUGAUUUGCCCAUCUUAUGAUUCUGAUCACUUUCAAAAUGCUACUCUUGGACUAUAUUAUACCAAAGAUACAAAUGAAAGUAGCUUUUUGACAUUUGAAAAGUGGUGGAGCAAGACGGACACUGUGCCUUUCUUCCUGGUUAUUCUGAUCCUGCCUCUCUUAAACUUCAAGUCAGCAUCUUUUUUUGCAAGGUUCACAUUUCUAGGUACAGUUUCUGUGGUGUAUUUGAUUAUACUGGUAACACUAAAGGCGGCCCAUCUAGGAUUUCAUCUGGAUUUUCAUUGGCUUCACUCAAACCGUUUCUUUGUUGCUGAAUUCAGAAUGGAGUUCCCACAGCUUACUGGAGUGCUCACACUUGCUUUCUUUAUUCACAACUGUGUCAUCACAUUACUCAAGAACAACAAGAACCAGGAAAACAAUGUGCGGGACCUUUCAGUGGCAUACUUACUGGUGGGGCUUACCUAUUUAUACGUUGGAGUCUUAAUAUUUUGUGCAUUUCCUUCUCCACCACUUUAUAAAGACUGCAUUGAACCGAACUUUCUGGAUAAUUUUCCCAGCACUGAUAUCUUGGUAUUUAUAGCCAGAGGGUGCCUACUUUUCCAGAUGACUACAGUUUACCCUUUACUAGGUUACCUUGUUCGGGUUCAACUCCUGGGACAGAUAUUUAAGAAACACUAUCCCAGCUUUCUGCACGUCCUAACAUUAAACAUAAUUGUUGUGGGAGCAGGAGUCCUUGUGGCAAAAUUUUACCCAAACAUUGGAUCAAUUAUUAGAUACUCGGGAGCAACUUGUGGGUUGGCGUAUGUUUUUGUUUUUCCCUCCGUCAUCCAUAUUAUCGCCCUCCGUCGGAAUGGACAAUUGACAUGGCCUUCAGCAGUGUUUCAUUCUUUUCUUAUUAUUUUAGGUAUUGCAAACUUUUUUGGACAAUUUCUCACAUGAAGGAUUCUUUCCCAUAUUUUUCCAGUAUGAAAUGAAUACACUAGCACAAAUUGAAAAAACAAAUUCUAUUAUUAAGAUGUCUGUCUUCUCUUCUGUAUGUGGUUCUUUUUAAUAAUAUAAAAAAGUGCCGACACAAAACAGCAUUUUGUAUGUUACGAUAUUUGUUGUUUGCACAUUUUUAUAAGUUUAAGUUUCAAAUCAUACAUUCAAAUACACAUUAGCACUACUUAUGCCCAGUGUGAUAAAGAAUUGAAUUGUUGUCUUUGCAGCUGAGCAAAGAUAAGUGAUACCAGAACAGGGUACAGGGUUGAAUUUCACACUGUCCUUGGAGAAAUGGACUGUCUGCUGUGUAAGUGGCGGUUUUAUAAAGCACACAUCAAGAAACUGGUUUAGUCAAAAUAUAUUACCAUGCACCUUGAACACCAGGAAUUCCUAUUCUAAAAUAAUGUGGCAUAAAUAUGCAAUUAAGAGUGGAUAAAAUGGACAGAAAAUGUGAGCUAUAUAGCAGAAACUCAAAGAUUAAUUAGGGAGAGAAGAACUGAGUUUUUCCUUAAGAAAUGUAUUUUUGGGGUAUUUGGUAAUCUAGGAGGCAGACCAGUGAGACUUGUAGUACCCAAUGUGUGUGGUUUAAAAUCGGCCUUGUUUAUGUGAGCAACUGGCACCUGAGGACCUGAAUACAUCUUUGUUUUAUAGCAGCAAUAACUUUUACAAAUGUUUACAAAACUAAAAAGGGAAUUUGAAAGUAGGCUCCUGAACGCAUGCACAAACAUUAAGGCAGUAACAAGGCACACCAUAAAAGUUGAAUGUGUGUUUGUAAUUCCCUUAGUGUGUAGUGCUUUAGUUAUUGGACCGGACGCACACAAUCACUUAAGGUAUUUUUAGAGUGUGUGCAGUAUGUAUAAACUUACUUAAUACUGUAAAUUUAAUAUUUUAUUAUAAAGGUUGAUGUUAUAAUGUUGAACUGUAAAGAUUAAUUUUUCUAAUGCAUCUAGAAUGGAUAAAAUAUUUGCUUUUUGUAUUGGCUGCAUUUCCUGUCAAGUCAGAUUUAAUUCAGUCUCACAGUGAUGAACAAUAAGCAUUACAGUAUAUGCCACAAAAAUAUUUUGCAUUUAUAUUUCUCUGCUGAAUAAAAUGUUUAUCUAAAA